AAAAAUUUAAAUCUAUUUGAUUACCCCAAAAAGAUUGAAUUUAACAAUUUAAUUCACAUGUAUUCAAUUAUCAAUAAUAAUAAGAUGUCUCUUGAUAAUGAUUUUUCUUUAUUAAAUUUCCAAGUUCAUUUAAAAAAUUUUAAUCAAAUUAAUAAAAAUUUAAAUAACAUUCCAAUAACAAUAACUUCAAAAUUGCCUGAAUCUUUUAUCCUUGAAAAGGCUGAUGAUAUCGAUGAUUAUUUUAUUAUUUAUUCAAUUCAACAUCCCUUAACAAUAAUAACUUUAUUAGAUUGUCAUAAUAAUAAAUUACCAAGUGCUAAUUUAUUUAAAAACUUAUUAUUUUAUCAAAACAAUGACCCAGACAAAUUAAAUUAUUUAAAUCCUUUGUUUAAUCAAUUGAUUGAUUCAGAAUUUAGUAAUAAAAAGAAUUCAGUAAAGAAUUUUAAUGAUAAAUAUAAUUAUAAUUUUGAUUUGAUGGAUAGAAAUUUAAUUAAUAACGACAAUUAUGAUCAAUUUCCAUUGCACAAUAAUGAACUAAAAAUUCAUGAAAAUAAACUAAAAAACUUAUUGGACAAAAUUAUUGAUGAUUAUUUUUUAUCAAGAAAUGUUUUUUAUUUUAACUGGGAAAUAUUCGAUGAUUAUUCUUAUGAAUAUUUAAUAAAUGAAUAUUUUCCAACAAUAUUUGGUUUCAGUUUUAUUAAAUAUUAUCACAAUCAAAAUAAUGAUGAAUUUUCAAAUACAGCCAUAAUGCUUGACCCUAUUCAAGAUGAACAACAAGAAAAUCAAUUGAUCAGUGACAACAUAAUUAUUGAUUUAUCUAUUUCAUUGAUGGAUUUAAAACUGGAGGCGAAUGUUGAUGAUAAAUAUAAUUUUAAAAAUCUGCAAAAGAAUCUACUAGAUUUUGAUCAUCUCACCAAAAAGAUUUACUAUGUUAAGAACCUAAUUAUUAAUAAUAAAAAAACUAUUCAUCCUGUAUAUCCCAAACCAAAAACUCAAGAUGAAAUUGAAGAUUCAAUGAGUAUAUUAAAAGAUAAAUUUUAUGAUAACUCUGGAAUCCUUGAGUAUAUUAAGAACAUAACAACUGAUUCUUCUUUUGAUAACCUUCAUUUAUUAUACUCUGUGAUUUUCAGCAACUCACUAUCUAAUUCAUUUGAUAAGAAUUUUGUCAGUAAUUUAGAAAAAUUGAAAGUUGUUUUUGAGAGAGACAACGAUGCCUCAAAUUUUCAGCUAGCAAAAGAAAUAAUUAGAAUGUUUGAAUUACUUCACGAUAAAUCGAUUCAAAUUAGUCUAUCUGAUGAUCGGUACUCGAUAGUUGAUGUUAGUGAAGUUUACAAUACUCUUGAUAUGGAAAUUUGGAAAUUGGUCAAGCAUUUAAACUAUUGGAGUGCUACUGAGGCCCGGUUUUUCAAAGAGCUUUAA